GCAUCGCAUCGCGCGGCUGCCCAUAUUGAUCAGAAUUGCAGCGGCAGCAGCAGCAGCGGGACCGCAUCGAUCGAUGCCAUGACCCGCCGAGCCGUCUGGGGCUGCCUCCUGGCGGCCAGCGUCCAUGCCCGGCCCGACUGCCUCGUGGAGCUGGGCGGCGUCGCGGGCUACGUCUCGACGCAGGUCGACGUCCUCUCGCCGGAGCAUGGAAAGCGCUACACGGAGGGCGAAGCCAUUCCCCUGGGGCUGGAGGUGCAGGCCUGGCCCGUGGACAUCGCGGCGCGGCGCGACGUGCGGCUCUGCGUCGUCCUCGACGAGCUGGAGCCGGCGUGCAUUCCCGUCCUCGACCAGUCAUUGCCGACGUUACAGGAUUUGGGAGUGGGCGAGCACUUUGUCGAAGCGUAUCUAGCUCUCGACAAUAAAACGAGAUUAGACUGCAACCUCGCGGAGCACGACUCCGUCAUUUUUACAGUGGAACCCCCGAGGAACGCGACCACUAUUCUGUUAAGUGAGCUCCCCGACAAGAGCCACGUCGACGGGUUGCUGGUGAAGGUCCACGUUUUUCAAGUAGCGGUUGUGGAAGACCUGCGGACCUGGGUGAAGCUCGUGGACGAGCAUGGUAUUGUGAGAGAUAAGCAACCGUGCCGGGCCUACGUGACGGCCAUGCGGCGGGCCUGCGGCGAUUUGCGGGCGCCGGCACCGGGCAUUUAUACCGUGGAAGCCGACGGGGCGUCUUCGAUAGAGGUGCACGUCCGCGGUGACACGGGAGGCGAUGUAACGAUAGUCUCGGCGGCCGACGCGAAGUACUUUGAGCGGUUAUCGAACUUUAUCGGAAGUGUCCACUUCUGGGAGCCGUUUCUUCAUAUUGAUAUUUAUGACCUCGGGUUAUCGUCUGACCAACUUACACAUGUACAAGAGUGGGACCGCACAUCAUUAUUCAAGACGUCGUAUACGGAUAUACCGCUGGUGGGCUGGAAAUUCUCAGUAGUCUUGGACGCGUUGACACGUCAUACAAAAGUGCUCUGGAUGGACGCGAACGCCGAAUUGCGACGGCCACUCACGGCGAUCCGCCAUUCACUAGACGAGACGGGCUACUUUUUAACUGUAGCGGGCCACCGCUUCCCCACGCCGAAGACCGUGCGACCGGCUACAUUGCAACAUUUCGGUUGUCGAGCGGCCUUCGCCUCGAUGCCCGAGUGCACGUCGGCCUAUUUGGGGGUUGUCCGCGGUUCAGAGUUGCAUGCCCUCCUCCCUUCCUUAGACAAGUGCGCAUCUUCCAGAGCUUGUCUGUACCCUAAGGAUGCCGUGGGCAACACGAACCAACGGCGGGACCAGAGCGUGCUGAACGCCGCGCUCUGUCAUUCCACGAUAAAAUGUGACGCGGACCGCAAGUUCUGGAUGUGGGCGGGCCAGAAGGUCUUUACUCCUACCGAAGAUCCAUCUUCCUGGAACUCGUUGGUGCUCUUUUCGAGGCGGGGCCACGGCGCGCCCUAUUCACCGAGGGACGUCGCGGCGUGGAACGCCAAGCGGCGCGCGGCCGCCGCGAGCGCGGUCCCUUCUGUUCCCCAGAGUGCGGAGCGGCGCUUACCGGGUGGGUGGCACCUGGGGGACCUGUGA